ACCAAGACGGAGAUGCUGUCACUACCUUCUGAUGCAGCCCUGAAUGCCAGGCAGCUCACGAGCCAACUCAUCAAGAGUAUUGCUACAACAUGCAACGACGGAAAACUCUUUUACGUACAGCCAAGCUACUCAAAGCAGCACUUUUGGCGUACAAGGAGGUUGUGUAUGACAUUCAUGUGACAAAAAUCGAACAUGACGAAGACUCCGGAACUCUGGUCCUCAUGCACACCCCGAACCGAAUUGAGCGCCAUCUUUUCCCGAGUCACCUCACCCGUAUUGAAAAUCACAAAGAAGCUGCUCUUCUAGUAAACCAGUGUACUAUGUCGAUUUCUCUCCUUGGUCCGAUGACCAGGGGUCUCUUGGUCGGAAUUGUCUCUCGAAUGGAUGUCGCCAUUGUUGAGAUCCGGAAUCCCCCCCUCCCUAUCAGAUUUCACCCCCCUGGUGGCAUCAUGACCGACAGGGUGUUCCAUACCAUUGUCGAAGCGACGUUGGACUCAUCAGGGGAACGAUGGUUGAUCGACAUCACAGGCUGUCAGUAUGGCUUCCGGGAUAUUCUGCUUCCCCUCUAG